CACGUACAUACGGAGUACGGAGUACGAAAAAAAUCAAGGGCGCGAAACUCAAAGCGUGUUUGCUCUUUCUCCAAAAACACAAGAAUGGAGGUAGAGGAGCCCUGGGAUGCACUAGACACAGACGACACCGACCUCUCUUUCUCCGCCUCUCUCCUCCGCCGCUGCAGCAACCAACCUCGCCCCUCCAUCCUCCCCUCUCAACCUUCUCACCACUCUUCGUCCCCUCCUCCACCACCACCGGUAUCAUCGCAACAACAACCGUCAUCGACCGCCACUCUUUCUCCUCCUGGCCACCGCAUUCCUGGUCCUGCCGCGGCCAUCCAAGCAGCUAUGCAUCGAAAGAAUCGAUUCAAUUGUGAUGCAAAUCAAGCCCCGGAUAUUUCCACUCAGGAGUACAUUCGUAGGGUUGAGGAGGAUUCUGGGGAAGAAUUUUCCCGUAAUCCAUGGGUUUUCGCCAUUGAUUUUCUUCGUAGUGAUGGUGUGUUUGAUACUAUUACUCCUCUACGGGCUAUCAAAAAGUGUGUGAAUGCCGAAAGAUUUGAUAAGGUGGUUGCGAUUGUGAAAUCUUGUACUCCAAAUGGUCUUGGUGAUAUGAUGGUCACCCUUAAGGAUCCAACUGACACUAUUAGUGCUAGUGUUCAUGGAAAAGUUCUCAGUGUAGGGGAGUUGGGGAGAUCGAUUACUGUUGGCUCAGUUUUGAUACUUCAGAAGGUUGUUGCUUUUCCUUCUUCAUGUAUGUCUUGUUACCUAAAUAUUACGAGAAGCAAUAUUGAUAAGGCGAUUUCUGUAGACUGUGAAGUCCAAAAUUUUACUGAAGGUUAUCCAGACAGUACUAGAGUCUUCUGUGAAAACUCAGUAAUACAACAAAAGACUUCAUCCCUGGUAUCCAGAAGAAUUGAAAGUGUUGUGGGAGGUGUGCAUCGGAGCUCAACUUUGAAAGGAAAAGAAGUAAUAGCAGAGCUUACGGGAAAGGAGAACAAUACACAGCUUAGCAGCCUCAAUAGCAGCAGACAGAUAAAAAAUGCAGCUGAUAAAAUUUUAGACGAGCCCAUUGAUAUUGAUCUAGUUGAUUCUGGCCGUAGUGCUUCUGGCUGCUACACCAGCCAACCAGGUCCUGGCUUAUUGGAAGGCACUGUUAGGAACCUUGACAAUGAUGAGAAGCAUAGGCGGCAGGUUAGAGAACUUAGUUCUGCCCCAAGCAUGAUUGAGAACCUGGGUGAUAAAAACUGGUGGGAAAAUGGUGCUCAAGACAAAAGGCCACUGCGAGGCAGUAACUGUAACAUGAGCAUAACUGAGAAACCGGACACUGUCACACAUGGCCAUGUUAGCACAAGUUCAAGGACACUUAAUAAUGUUGAUGAUCUUGACAUGUCCAGGGGGAUCAGUUCUGCUCCAGGCAUGGUUGAGAAUCAAGCAAAGAGAGACAUGUCUGAAAUAAUUGGCAGUCUAAGGUCAAUGCAACGGACAGAAACUGGAGCAAAUACCAAAGUGGUUGAGAAACAAGAUGAUCAAGAGCCUAGUGGAGCAAAUGGAGUAAAGAAGCAGAGGUUGGGGCUUAUAUCUAGGAUUGCAGUCCAGGAAUGGACGGAUGAACAGCUUUGUAUACUUGACAUGGAUGAGGACUGAAUGUGGCAUUGCAUUUUCUACAAACAACUUGAUGACCCACAUGAGCUCAAUCUUCAAGUAUGGAUUAUUUUCCUGGAACUUUAAUCACCUGUACAUGAUUUUUUGUAAUCUGCAGUUAUGUUCAUGAAGCUAGUAAAGGCGUGGUUUGCUUUGAACUUUUAUGAGCUUUUUCUGCUACGAAAUUCUGAGUGUGAACAUUAGGGUGAGUUUAUCACUUACUCUACCACAUAGCUUUCCCACUUUUACCACCUUCUGAGA